CCGCGCCGCCCGUCCUGUCCCGCCCCUUCCGGCGGCGGUAGCGGCGAUGGCGGCGGAGGCCGAGGAGGAGCUGGCGCACGCCGAGGUGCUGGAGCUCUUCCAGGAGGCGCUGGCGCGGCUGGUGCAGGACCCGCUGCUCUGCGACCUCCCGCCGCAGGUGACGGCGGAGGAGAUCGGCUCGCAGGUGGCGCUGGAGUACGGGCAGGCCAUGACCGUGCGCGUCUGCAAGGCGGACGGCGAGAUCAUGCCCGUGGUGGUGGUGCAGAACGCCUCGGUGCUGGAUCUGAAGAAGGCGCUGCGGCGGCACGUCCAGCUGCGGCAGACACGGCAGGGCGGCGUGCAGCACCUCAGCUGGAAGUACAUCUGGAGGACGUACCACUUAACCUUCGCCGGCGAGAAACUGGCAGAUGACAGGAAGAAGCUGAGAGAGUACGGCAUCAGAAACCGGGACGAGGUCAGCUUCAUAAAGAAGCUUCGCAAGUAACCUGCCAGAGCAGAGACUCCAACCUUCCCAAGGCCAGCCUGUGGAUUCAGUGCUUCCCAGGAGGAUGAGGCUGUAGCACUUCGGGGAGCGGCAGACUGCAGCUGACUGGACAUUCUCACCUGGUUUUUGCAGUGUUCCCUUCUGAGCUGCAUGUGGACUGUCCCUGCAGUGAUUUAAAGAGACC